GAGAGUGACGCAACAUGAAGCCGGAUGAUCUCCCACCAUCAUCAUCUUCAUCAUCAUCAUCAUCCUCAGCUGCCAGACAUGCUUGCAGUCACGUGACCUUCCGCUUCCUGUCCUGUCCUGGCAGCCGCGGGCGCCGUGCACGUGCACGUCCACGUCCACGAGCGAGAUCAGACCUGCGGACGCGGCGUGGACGCACUUUGAUGGCGCAGCGUGGCGUGCGCGAGUGCAGCGCGGGAAGGUGACCGACGGACGCUCCUGCCGCCACCGCCGCCUUCUUCCGCCCGGCUUCACCUUGGAGGAGCAGCGCGCGUGGCAGGCCGAUGGAUCAAGUGCAGCAGAAACCAGCCUCCACCAACUCCUGUGGUCCAAGAGCGCACCCUGGACCCCGAGCUCUACCCGAACCCGCCCCGGUUUCCUCCCGAGGGCCACCUCUAAUAUGCCCGUCGGGGACUGUGCAGGGCAAGCAGUCCCAAGUCAACCCCCCCGCAGCGAGGGACCCGUGGGUUGGUAAGUCCGGGACGGGUAUUUGUCGACCGAGACCCACCUCCCUGGGGACUAGACCUGCUCCCAGAGUCCCCGCCAUGAAGGACGUAGACCUGAAGCCACUUUGCAUGCCGGGACCUCACAAUGUCAUUGCUCCUGGCACGUUAGAGUCUUCAGUCCCGCUUCACAGUCCUCAGUCCUCUUCCUUGAGCCCAAACUGCAACCGGAGUCCAGGAGCGACACAGGUGCAGAGAGAGAGGAGCGGCGGGGGAGACAACCAGGACUUCAGCGGGGGAGACAACCAGGACUUCAGCAGGGGAGACAAGAAGGACUUCAGCGGGGGAGACAAUAAGGACUUCAACGGGGGAGACAAGAAGGACUUCAGCGGGGGAGACAACAAGGACUUCAGCGGGGGAGACAAGAAGGACUUCAGCGGGGGAGACAACAAGGACUUCAGCGGGGGAGACAAGAAGGACUUCAGCGGGGGAGACAACAAGGACUUCAGCGGGGGAGACAACAAGGACUUCAGCGGGGGAGACAACAAGGACUUCAGCGGGGGAGACAACAAGGACUUCAGCGGGGGAGACAACAAGGACUUCAGGGUCCACAUCGCCACCUGGAACGUGGGCUCGGCCGUGCCGCCGGACGACCUCGGCGCUCUGUUUGGAGGCAACGUGUCGGACGGGAGCGUCGACAUGUUUGUCGUCGGACUGCAGGAAGUCAACUCCAUGAUCAACAAGCGACUGAAGGAUGCUCUGUUCUCAGACCAGUGGAGCGAGCUCUGCAUGGACACUCUCAGCCCCUCCGGAUACGUCCUGGUGGCGUCCCAGAGAAUGCAAGGCGUGCUGCUGCUGGUCUUCUCCAAGUUCUGCCAUCUUCCUUUCCUCCGAGGCGUGCAGACACAGAGCACGCGUACGGGACUCGGAGGAUGUUGGGGCAACAAAGGGGGCGUGAGUGCCAGGAUGUCCAUAUUUGGUCACCCGGUGUGCUUCCUCAACUGCCACCUCCCCGCCCACAUGAGGAACCUGGAGCAGAGGAUGGAGGACUUCGAGAGCAUCCUGCAGCAGCAGCAGUUUGAGGGAGGGGCCGCCACAGGGGUGCUGGAUCACGACGUCGUCUUCUGGUUCGGAGACUUGAACUUCCGCAUCGAGGACUAUGACAUCCACGUGGUCAGGUGUGCCGUAGAAGGCAACAAGCUGCCGCUGCUGUGGGAGAGGGAUCAGCUCAACAUGGCUAAAAACACAGAAUCCAUCCUGGAAGGGUUCCUGGAGGGCCCGCUACAGUUCCCGCCCACGUAUAAGUUUGACGUGGGCACACACACCUACGACACAAGUGCUAAAAAGAGGAAGCCGGCGUGGACCGACCGUGUCCUGUGGCGCCUCCGCCACACGGGCUCCCCCGUUCCUACCCACAAUGCAGCCCUGCAGAGGGGUCUGACCUCCUGGCUGGGGGGUGCCACCAAAGUGACUCAGCACGCCUACAGGAGCCACAUGGCCUUCACCAUCAGCGACCACAAGCCUGUGUCUGCGCUCUUCUCCUUGCACUUCCCAUUCAGGGUGGACAUGGCGCUGGUGGAGCUGCAGGUCAACAAGGAAUGGUGUCAAGUUUCCGACGCGGCAAUAAGAUUGACCUUUGCGUCCAAUUACCAUCGCAGCUCAUGGGACUGGGUAGCAAUAUACAAGGUGGGAUUCAGACACCACAAAGACUACCAAGCGUAUGUGUGGGCCAAAUAUGAGCACGCAGGGCAGGUGUGUUUUCCAGAGGAGGACCUGCCCAGAGAGGAUGGCCAAUACCUGCUCGGUUACUAUAGCAACAACAUGAACAGCAUUGUGGCUUUGUCCUCGCACAUUCAGAUCAAGAUCCCCGUCCACAGCCCGUCCGUGCAGCGCUCCGACAGCACCGAGGACAGCUCAGAAGACGACAGCACCCUGGUGCUCCUGUCCCCCGACUCCCGCAGCCCCAGCCCCAAAAGCAGCAGGCAUCACUGCCGCCGCCGCAGCCCCGCCGUCUCCAAGCCCCUCCCCUCCCUGCAGGGCCUGGGCCUGUGUCCCCGCCCCAAAGAGACCCAGAGCCUCUCACCCGGCUCAGUCCCUAAAAAGGAACGCCUGGUUUCCCCGGGCUCCGCCUCGUCUCCGGCCGUCAGCCCGCUCAGUCCUCGGAGCCCCGCGUCUCCGGGGAUCGGGGUUUCGGCGCCGGAGGCCCUGAUCGCUGCUUUGAUGGGGGAACAUAGGCCUGCUCAGGUCAGCCCUACGGGCGCAAAGACGCUGGACGCGCGUAAAACAUAGACGCGUCGCAUCUUCCACCGCGUUUAUGUGGGACUCAAACCCCAGUUACAAGUGCUUUUAUUGGCUCACAGGCUAUUCCAUGUAGGGACACUCCAAAUAUGGGCGUAGGAAGCAAUCUAACAUUGCAAAGUAGACUACAGUGAGUCAAGUGGUCGUUUCCUCGUGCGCUUUAAGGGUCUCAUGUUGUAUUCAUCCUCACCCGUUUGAAAUCAGAGGUUCCACAAACGCUCCGGAAUCGAACCUUGACACCGUUUUAAAGGCCUACUGAAAUGAGAUGUUCUUAUUUAAACGGGGAUAGCAGGUCCAUUCUAUGUGUCAUACUUGAUCAUUUCGCCAUAUUGCCAUAUUUUUGCUGAAAGGAUUUAGUAGAGAACAUCGACAAUAAAGUUGGCAACUUUUGGUCGCUAAUAAAAAAACCUUGCCUGUACCGGAAGUAGCAGACGAUGUGCGUGUGAUGUCACGGGUUGUGGAGCUCCUCACAUCUGAACAUUGUUUACAAUCAUGGCCACCAGCAGCGAGAGCGAUUCGGACCGAGAAAGCGACGAUUUCCCCAUUAAUUUGAGCGAGGAUGAAAGAUUUGUGGAUGAGGAUAGUGAGAGUGAAGAAAUAGAAGAAAACAAAAAACGAGGGCAGUGGGAGCGAUUCAGAUGUUAUUAAACACAUUUACUAGGAAAAUUCUGGAAAAUCCCUUAUCUGCUUAUUGUGUUAGUGGUGUUUUAGUGAGAUUAUAAAGUCAUACCUGAAAGUCGGAGGGGUGUGGUGACCGCCGGUGUCUCUGAUGGAAGAGCCAAGAAAGUCGCAGCUGCCUCUUUGACAGCUGCAGGACGACGCAAGCUCCGCUCAUGUCUCCGGUAAGAGCCGACUUAUUACCACCAUUUUCUCGUCGAAACCUGCCGGUUGACAUGUGUUAGAAAACCAUGUUCGCUUGACCGCUCUGUUCCAUAUUAAAGCUUCACAACAAACAAAGAAACACCGGCUGUGUUUGUGUUGCUAAAGGCAGUGAAGUGAAGUGAAUUUUAUUUAUAUAGCGCUUUUUCUCUAGUGACUCAAAGCGCUUUACAUAGUGAAACCCAAUAUCUAAGUUACAUUCAAACCAGUGUGGGUGGCACUGGGAGCAGGUGGGUAAAGUGUCUUGCCCAAGGACACAACGGCAGUGACUGGGAUGGCAGAAGCGGGAAUCGAACCUUCAACCCUCAAGUUG